CUACAUUUACAAUACGCCGGAAGUUUACAUUGGUAACCUCAAGUUCUAACAAGACUUUCUGCUGGUUGAUACAUUGCCAACGAUAAGGAGGCUGUCGUAAUGAUGAAUGAUAAGGAUGAUACAGACUCAGAAUGGGACAGUACUCUAGACUUUACUUCUCCUCGACAAGAAAAUAAAGUAUCUCGCCCACCGGAAAUAGAAGAUGAAGAUGCAAGUCACCAUGAUUCCAUCAUGGACAAACCAAAACCAAAAGAGAGAACCACUGUUCCAUUCACAGACCAGAAACCUGAAGACUAUACAUAUGCUGAAGUUGUCAGAAAAGAAAAACAACCACAGAAAAUAUCGAAAGAAAGUCCACCCCCCUACAACUUCAGGGCAGCUGUUUCUGGAAACAUUACUCCCCAGCAAAACGAUCCACCUCCCCCAGGCAAAGACAGAAAAGGAACAACAUAUGAUGUUUCAAAGACACCGAUACCAGUUUCUCAACAAGAGAGUAUAAUGAGUACUGGAUCUUGGGAUGACACUGAUGAAGAUGAGAAGACAUUAAAGGAAUUAAGAGAGACGUUUAAAACAGAAAAGAAGAAGGAGCAGGAAGCAGAGGAGCUAAGACUGAAGUUAGAGAGUCAAGCCGAAGAUAAGCCUGAUGAGGGUCAACUGACAAACAGAUCAGAGGCCACAUGGAAAAGCUGGGCCAGCUUUGGAAGCAAGCUUGGCAGAUCAUCCAACCGCAGCAACAAAGGAAAGAAAAAGAAAAAGGAGGGUAAGACAGUGCCAACAUACAAGGAUGAGGGUCAUUACGAUGCAGUAGAUAUUGCUCAGGUCAGGGCAGGAAUCCAGAGACAGAACCCUCCCCCAGUCAACGUAUUCCAGGCCCAACCCCAGAAAGAGGUCAAGGAACAGCCCGCGGAACCUGAGAAGAUUGAGGACGUCAAUUUCACGGACUUCAAGCCAGCCGCCAUGCCCCCACCUUAUAUUAUCAAGGAGGAAGCUGGUACGACGUACUACUUUGGGCACGGGGCAGUGCAGUAUCUGGAGGUGGACAAUGAAGAAGAGGAGGCCAUGAUGCCUAAACUUGCAGACAGGUUAGAAACAAUUUUUCAAAGAAUUUGGCAGGAGUUCUUUGGAGCGUUACGCAUUGUAACCAGCUUUUUCAUCUUGUUUGUGGUUGAACUGUUCAAAUAUAUCAUCAAAUAUGUCUUCCAGCCAAUAUUCAUUGGUAUUUUCAUCACGACCGGUGACUAUGUGAUGAAGCCAGUACUCUCGGUGUUGUUCAAUGGGUUUAUGCACCCUACAGGAGUUUUCUGUUGGAACUGUUGUGUCACAACAAAAGUUGUGUGUAACCCGAUCGUCGAAAUUUUACGGAAAAUUCUUCUUCAGUUUGCAAUGUGCUGUCGAUCCGUGAGAUGUGCUCAGAUUUUCUGGAAAACGGGAGAAUAUGGACCAAGAACUAUUGAAGAGGAAGAAAUAAAACAUGUGUAAUCAAAACCAUGCAGACAAAAUAUCUCCAUCAAAUAAGCUUUUAUUGACAUUAUCGAUAAUGUUGUUUUCUUUUUUGCAUAAUUACAAUAUAUUAUGCAUGUUUAUUAAUUAACAUUUGAUUUUAAUGGAUACAAGCUGUUACAAUAUAUCAGUUUGAAAGUAAAAAUGCAUGUAUAUUUGAAUAAUGUUGCCACAGAUCCUAAUUGCAAAUUUUUAAAAACAAACUCUAUAUUUAAAGAUGUACUGUCUGUAUGAAAGUUUUAAAAGAUUAAUUGCCAUUUUUUGUUUGUGAUAAAAUGAGAACAUAUCAGAAAUGAAACUUUCAUCAUCGACAUCAUUUCUUUUUCUUUUUUUUUAUAAAUUUUACAUGGGAAACGUGUACUUGAAAAAGUCAAUGCUCAUAUUUAAAUGUAUAGCAUGUGCAUUAAUUGCUUUAUGUUUGAGAAGGUUUUAUAUUCAUGUUAUACAAUGUACAUGUAUCACUAUAUGUAUUCUUUAAUACUGAUGGAAUUUUUAUUUCAUUUUUAUUGAUGCUUGUUUUUCUUUUUAUGUAUAAUGAGAAUUACUUUAAAUUUCCAGCCCCAUGAACGCAUUACCGUCCAAAAUAUUCAUAAAAAAUCUUUUUUUUCAAAAUAAAUCUCCUCUAAGUACAUUACAUAUAUUUUUACAUGUAUCUUUUUUCUUUCGUUUUAUUUCAUUUUUGUUUUGACUUCAUCAUGUGCACAUUUUAAUAUUUGAGUUCUGAUGGACAUGUUUUAAAAUACAUACGUGUAUCUCCAUUAUUUUCCGGUAACAUGUAUUUUCUGUCUGCGCCAAUUUACACGAUAUUAAUAUGAAUUCAAGUUCAUUUACUGUUGUUCAUAUUUGUGAUUAUACAUGUAUAAUACAUGUAAUAUAGAGGAAGCCUAAAGAUAUCUAUUCAUUUACAUGUAGUUAGGUAAACAUUUUUUAGAGAUUUAAGCAAUACUUAAUAGUUUGAGUACAUAAAUUAUACAUGUAGAGUACAUGUACAUUUAGUUGAGUCACUCAAUAUUUGUUUUAGUUUCAGUUUUUAGUCCAUUUCAUUUUGGCAGCCAUAUUAAAAUGAUUUUUUACAAAGAAAUUCGCCAAUUUAUGCUUACAUAUUUAUCAAUUGAGAAUUGUUAUGUAGGCAAAAGCAAUCUCAGAAAAAUCUCAAGGAACAUAUCAAUUUUUUAUCAGCACAUACAUGUAAUUAAAAAAUCAAACUCUUAAUUGAAUUUCCAUUUAAUCCAUCAAUUAACUUCUACAACGAGCUCGUGUAACCUGUAUUUUCUCUCCUCUCCAAUGCAUUGAUUGUGCAUAAUUAUAUAGAUUUAAAAAAAUCAAAUAAUGUUCCUGUAUAACUUAUUAGUAGCUGCAAUUUAAAUGAGUCUAUAUUCAUAUAAACCAUGUUAUUUUUAAACACAGCAAAUGCACAAUUAUUAAAAUACUCUAUUUAUAUAAAUGUAAUCAUUACAGUUAUAAAAAUCAUAAUAUGCAAUUUUAAUAUUGGUUUACCAUUUCAUAUCAUAAUGUUCACAUUGAAGCAGUAAACAUCAGUGUGCUUUAUAGUUGCAAAUAUUUAUCAAAUAUAUCCAAUGCUUUUUAUCAUUUUCAAUGGGACUGGGAUGUAUAACUUCUACAGUAUAAUUAUGUGCUAUAUAAGGAUCCUGCAUUAAAUUGUAUACACAUAGACAGUACUGGUAUAUGUACAUGUACAACAUCAAAUUGUUUUAGACAUUAAAAAUCGAAAUACCAGCUAUGUAUACAGUUAGAUCAUGCAAAUUUUAAGUUUUGCUUUAAUUAAUUUACUUGGUUGCAUUUAUAAUUGUCCUAGUUGUUAAAAGUUUAUUGCAGAAAAUAAAUUUGUUAACUUUUGUUGUU